AUAAUCGUUACCUGGCAACGGGAAGCGGCCGGAGUCACUGGGAGGCGCGAGGGAGCCGGGCGGGCGGCGGCCGCGAUGGGCUCCCGCGGCAGACACAGCGAGGCGGCGCAGCUGCUGAGGGCGAGAUGAAGCUGAGCAGCGAGGCGCUGCCCCAGAGGCGCAGCUCCGAGCCUGCCCUGCAGACCAUCUCCAGGACCUUCAGCGACUCCGAGCUGAACAAGCAGCAAGGGGCGGAGAUAGCAGGGAACUAUAGCCAUACCGCUUUGUUUGCAAGGGCAGAGGAGCUGUUGGCGAAGAGGAUCAUAGAUGGAGAUCCUCUGGCAUAUUUUCUACAAGGGCAGCUGUACUUUGAAGAGGGGUGGUAUGACGAAGCACUUGCACAAUUUGAAAAAAUUAAGGAGAUGGAUUUUCAAGCUCUGUAUCAGCUGGGUGUAAUGUAUUAUGAUGGAUUGGGGACCAAAGAAGACCCAGAAAAAGGAGUGGAGUACAUGAAAAUAAUCAUCAACUCUAACUCCCCUAAAGCAAGACAUUUAAAAUAUGCUGCUGCAUACAAUCUUGGCAGAUCUUAUUUUGAAGGAUGUGGUGUUAAGCAUUCAGAUAAAGAGGCUGAAAGGCUGUGGAUUAUUGCUGCAGACCAUGGGAAUCCAAAGGCAAGUGUAAAGGCUCAAAGUACCCUGGGAAUGUUUUAUUCUACAUCAAAUCCAAAAGAUCUGAAAAAGGCAUUUUUCUGGCAUUCAGAAGCUUGUGGCAAUGGAAGUCUGGAGUCACAGGGUAUACUAGGUGUUAUGUAUCUCUAUGGACAAGGCAUACGUCAAAAUACAAAGGCUGCUUUGGAGUGCCUGAAGGAAGCAGCAGAACGUGGAAAUAUCUAUGCUCAAGGCCAUCUGGUGGAGUAUUACUACAAAAGAAAAUUUUACACAAAAGCUGCUGCAUUUGCUAGAAGGAUUGCAGAAAAUGAUAACAUUGAUAUGUUAGCAAAGAUAACCGAUUGCCUUCCUGUAUACAUAGCCAAAGGGGUUGCUAUGGCUACUUUCUACUUGGCUAGAUGUCUCCAGCUUGGCCUAGGCAUACAACAAGAUCAAGCUUCAGCUAAAAAUUAUUAUUCUAGGGCAUGCCUCCUGGAUCCUGAUGUAGCUUCCGACCUUGAAUUGGCAGCUAAUCAUGGGAGAAUUUAGAACAUUUCACAUUUAGACAAAUCCCAGCCGCUUCCAAUGCUGUAUAAUGUGUUUCACAUAGUAGGCAGUGUUUAUCCUUAGCAGCUAGAUAGAUAACCACUUAUUUCUUUGUUUUUUUCAGCUUUCUAUAAAUCAUGAGAAUUAUGCAGUUUUUUGUUGAUUAGAACAAAGAACAUUUUGCUGACAGUGAUUUUUUGUUCACAACCCUUACUUUACUUACACAUUGUAGAGGCAGAUUAUCUUCCUUUUUUCAUUAUACAGAAAGCUUAAUCAUCAUGAACUUGGCACUUUACUGACAUAAUCCACCUGCGUUUCUUACUUCAACUCUGCUCUAGAUGGUAUACAAAUCAAGCUAAAAUCAACUUGUUAAAAGAAAUCAUUGUUAAUGUCAAUUUCCUUUACUUACAAGUAUUAAAGAUCUGCAGAGUCAGCAAAGUUAUGAGAUUUCUGAAAUACCUGUGCUUAAAAAUAGUGUCCUCUUUUCAUAUGCAUUCUAUUUACAAGUCAUAUAAUACAUUUAAAUAAAAUAUUCUGUA